AGAGUCGAGAAACAGCGUAUAUCUAUGCCAUCUCUUCAGCCGGAAUUAUGUACAGUGUCACCCGGGCUUGUGCCAAAGGAGAGCUGGACAAGUGUGGCUGCGACAGCAAAGCCAGGAGCAACGAUCCUGGUGCCGAUUUUGAGUGGGGAGGAUGCUCAGACAACAUCCGAUAUGGAGCACGUUUCUCUAAAGAGUUUGUUGACUCAGAUGAAGUCAAGAAUAUCGAUCACGGCAGUAUGAACCUCUGGAACAAUGGGGCUGGCAGAAAGACCAUCAAAGAUGAGAUAGAAAUCCAGUGCAAGUGUCAUGGCGUUUCUGGCGACUGCUCGGUAAAAAUCUGCUGGCGGAAAAUGCGUUCAUUUCGAGAGAUCGGAGCUACGUUGAAACAGAAGUUUGACGGCGCCAGUUUUGUACGCUGGGAUAAAAAGAGGAGCAGGUUAAAGCGUAUUAGCGGUAAGCAGAAGCGACCAACAAAGAAGGACCUGGUGUACUUGGCUGAGUCGCCAGAUUUCUGCGAGUUCAAUCCGGACUACGGGUCGUUGGGUACCAGGGGACGCCAGUGCAACAAGACAAGUUACGGCUUGGAUGGUUGCACUCUGAUGUGUUGCGGACGUGGGUACCAGACCUUGAUCAUCGAAGAGAAGCACGACUGCGAUUGUAAGUUCUUCUGGUGCUGUCGGGUAGAAUGCAAAAGAUGUACCAAAGUCAUAGAGAAGCACUACUGUAACUAA